AUGCGAGGCCGCACCCGCGACCGCAGCCACCACUCCCGUCGCUCCUCCGUCGUCACCAAGACCUACCGGCGCACCGACGAUCCCGAAUCCAGCACGUUCCGCGGCCGCUCCCCCCAGCGGGCCUCCUCCCCCCGUCGUGCCCGUCGUUCCCGCUCCCUGUCCCGUCCUCUCUCCCCUCGCAGCCCCUCCGCGGCCACCACCGCCAUCCCGGUCAACAACGUCAACGCCGCCGGUACGUCCGUCGUGGCCGCCUCCGCCUCCGCCUCCGCCUCCGCCUCGGUCCUCUCCCCCACGAGACACAUCCUGCUCAACAACCGUCUCAGGAGGGACCACUGCCCCUCCCGUGCCUCCUCCCCUCGUCGUCGCUGGUCCAGGAGGGCAAGGUCGUCCACCCGUAGGGGAGACACGGAUCUGCUCAUCCUCAGCCAUCAGCAGCAGCAGAGGCUCGACUCUAGUCUCUCCGGCCUGCGCAAUGAGAUCCACCUCCACCCCGAGGAUUUCACGGCUUCACACGAUGACGCCAGCCCUAUGCCCUCUCCGACCUAA